CUGGACAUUACUGGGGUGGGAGAUAUUGACUUAAAAACCAACUUGGAAACAAUUUGGACAUUGAAAGAUGUCAGGGUAAUUCCCAAACUGAGAAAGAUGUUGAUUUCCAUUGGGCAAUUGGACGACCAGGGGUAUAAUGUUCACUUCGGGGCUGGACAAUGGAAGGUUGUCAAGCGAAGUAUGGUAAUUGCUAAGGGAAAGAAACAGGGUACUUUGUACAUGGCUGAGACAACUGCAGGUGAUGCAAACACAGUAGCUAAUGGGCUGAGUCUCUCCAAGUUAUGGAAUCAACGACUCGGCCAUAUGAGUGAAAAGGGGAUGAAAAUGCUUGUCGCCAAAGGAAAGCUUCCAGACCUAAAGAAAGUUGAAUCUGAAUUCUGUGAACCUUGUGUUUAUGGAAAGAAAAAGAGGGUAUCUUUUGCGAAGACGGGGAGAGUACCCAAAGCUCAGAAGUUAGAGCUUAUUCAUUCAGAUGUUUUUGGUCCAACGCGAGUUGAAUCCCUAGGAGGCUCGAGAUUCUAUGUGACCUUCAUAGAUGAUGCCACACACAAGGUGAAAUGUUUGAAAUCGGACAACGGAGGGGAGUACAUUAGCACAGAGUUCAUGGACUAUUGUGCUGAACGAGGCAUUCGGAUGAUAAAGACUGUUCCACGCACUCCUCAACAAAAUGGAGUCGCAGAAAGGAUGAAUAGAACUCUAAACGAG